UAAAACAUGGAUCAUUAUUAAUAUUAUUAAAACCACUCAUCAUUAUAGUAUCAAUGUAGUAUUUUUGAACGUACGAUAAGUAUGAACUAAAAAAAUGUCAUUCCAUACAUAUUGUAUGUCCAAUAAAUAAUCAAUUUGUUUCUUUUUUACUAUAAAAAUAAAAAUUUCAGUUAGAUUCUUUUACAAUGGCAAGACAAAAAUAUAAGACAAAAGUUUGUAGAUCAAAACGAAGACUUCAAUAUACAGAUAGCCAAUUAAGAGAUGCUAUUAAUGCUGUUAAAAAAGGUAUGGUUGUGUACAAAGCAAGCAAGACGUUUGGAAUUCCUUAUCAGACGCUUCGUGAUAAAAUAUCUAGAAAAACUUCUCUGAAGAUACAACACUGCGGUUAUGAAUCGGUACUAGGUGAACACAGUGAAACUAAAUUAGUCGAGUGGUUACUAACAUGCACCAGAAUGGGAAUUGCCAUGUCUGUAGUACAGCUAUUAAAUACUGUGCAAAAAUACUUGAAUUCCAACAAUAUAAAAACACAAUUUACUAACAACCGUCCUGCAAAAGGUUGGUCUUAUGCAUUUCUUCGUCGUCACGAACAGUUAUCUCAAAAACGAGGUGAAUACUUAAACCGAGCUAGAGGAGGAGUAACUGAAAAAGCCAUAAGAGAUUGGUUUACUGAAAUUCCAAAGCUUUUAGGAGAAAACGCUCAAUAUUUAAAUGAUUUGCUGCGCGUGUUCAAUAUGGAUGAGAGUGGUUUUCAGUUGUCACCAAAAACUAAUUUAUUAAUUGGUGAACGAGGAAAAAAAACAUAUGAAGAAAGUGUUCGAAGUAAUAAAAAAAACAUCACCACUUUAUUUGCAGUAAAUGCCAACGGAACUUUUGCUCCACCAUUAACAAUUUUUAAAUAUGUUCGUCUUCCAAAUAGAAUUAUAAAUACUGCUCCAUCAGGAUGGGUAUUGGAAAAAGUGAAAAUAGUUGGAUGACCGCAGAAUGUU